AACAAUUACUGAUCCUGAUGCUGUGGAAGGGUCUUGUAAAGGGAAAAAUCGAGGAAGAGUCCAGAAUAAACGAAUUGGCAGUGACUCUGCUGGGUCCCAACCACCCGAAGACAUCAUCCUACAGUGAAUAUCUUCAGUUUUUACCUCCAGCUCCUCCAUCCACCAACUCUACCCUCUGGUACCUCCAGCAGCACUCGUUUGACGUGAAGAAAGCUUGUGCAGACUUACUCACCUAUGAAGAUGAUAUCAGCAAUAAAAAUUUCGAGAGAAGUUCUGAUAACGAUGUGAUCGAGAUCCCAUAGCAUGAGAUUUCCUGCUUCAAAGCAGGAAUACUCAAGCCUAAAUUGUUUCGCAGGUCUAUCGUUACCAGGCGUCGACGAGGCCUUGACAAAAACACACAUAUCGAUUUGACCUUAAGUGAUGAUGACACUCCCCAAGACAGAAGAAAGAAACGAGAAGAGCGGAAGGGCCUCACCUGGUUGAAGAAGCUUCUUGCACGUGAGAGAAGUAAGAAACAGUCGAGUAAAGUGGAGACUGUUGAUGCCCACAGUACAGGAAAUCGCCGGAAUGGAGCUCAGAAGCUGGUGGAAAAGGUCUUGGAGGUAGAAGAAGACCCGGAGGCCCCGGGGAUAAGCGAUGAAAAAAUAGAUAAGUGUUUGAGUUAUCCAACUGAUGUGUGUCCAGUGUCAACUACUGUGUCACUAACUGAUGACAUCAGCCCGGGACAAGGGAUUUUCUGCUAUGAUGUCGAUUUAUUCAAGAAUGAGGAUCAUCGCGAGCUUAAUUUCGACAUUGACACGGAUUUCAGAGAUCCUGGAGAUUCAAUGAAGAUUGACAGUGCGGGGAUUGAUGAGGGGGAGUACUCGGUAACGAGUAACUACUGUGUUGAUGAGUAUGAGAAUAUUUCGAUGAUGGAGAGUCUUUCUGGCGACGAUCUGAAUGCUCAGAAGGGAUUGGAGAGAGUGUCUCCGUCCACCAUCAAGAGGAAUACGAUGGAUAGGAGUUAUUUGAUUGAUUAUUAUCUUUCUAAUGUGGAUGAUCUUGGAGAUGCUGGACUGUUUGGAGAGACUAUUAAACCUCCUCGUUCUCGUGGGGGCAAUUGUAGGAAGGAGUGUCCUCUCGUGGGCUCGCUGAAGGGGGAUUCAGGAGUUGAGGCAGGGAAGAUAAGUCUUGAGAGCAUGUUGGAGGUCAUGGAGAAGCCUUUUCAUGUUGCCAAAGAUGUACAGUACAAUUUUGGUGGAUCUGGGAGUCGACAGGAUGGAAGGGAUACACUUUUUUGCCAAGGAAUCAUUCCUGAUUUUAUAGAUUCUACAUUGUCCAGUGUAUCUUCUACCACGUCGAGCUCUGCCACUCGCAGCCAAUUGUGUCUUCCUUCUGUUUCAAGGCAGAUUAAUUAUGUUAGCUCUGAACGAUUUAGUAAACCAAUAUCUUCCGUUAGCAGUAGUUUUGAUGAAUCUGGAAUCGAGAUGAACAGACUUUCACCACCGAAGAUUGGAGACAGCAGGAAGAUGGUGUGGGUUGAAGGUAUGAGGAUUAUUUCGAGAGGGGUAGAUCGUUUUUUUAGUCAGCUUUUUGUGUUUGGGUUCGAUGGGACUUGAUCGAUAGACACUCCUUACUUAUUUCGUGGGGAUGAUUGACGGCAGAGGAGGGAAGGGGGGAGAGAGAAUCGUAGACGAGACUUUCGCGUGUUCUUGGUGAUUAUACAGGAAGUCUUUUGGAUUAAUAAUUCAUUUAGGAAAAUUCUUGUCAGUUAUUAAUUCAUGAAUUGGGGGCAACAAUGAAGAUAUAAUCGUCACUGAAGAUGGAACCUCAAAAAUAUUUGUUUUCAAUUAUGUGGAAUUGAAAAUUCAGGAUAAUCCUUUCAAGUUAAUUCGGGAAUUGGAUGGAAGAAUGAGCAUGUGAUCAGGGAGAGGUAUUUUGUCGAUCGAGCGGUGGUUGGAUGGAUUUAGAGUAAAUGGAUCGAAAGUUUAACGAAUAUUCAGCUCUUUUCCACCCCUAUUUUUUUUACUCUAAUAUAUUUUACGCUUUUUGAUGGGCUAAAAAUAGCUCGGAAUGUCAUUAAAAACUUCAAGGUUGAUAAGAUUAUUGGGAAAUUUUCCAAAUUCUCUCAACGAUUCGACUGAGGAAGUCUUAAUCGGGAAACUCAGUUGACCUUGUUGACAUCUAAAAUAUUUCCAGUAUUUGGGGUGCCUUUCAACUAUUUUUACGUUUCGUUGCUUUUAGAAUUGAUAAAGGACAAUUAUUUUGCAUUAUUAAUUCACGAACUGAGGGCUGCGAUGAAGAUACACUCCUCAAUGAAGACAGAAGCGAAAAUAGACCGAAUAACUAAAAAUGGAGUUUAAUUGUUUUUUUGAAUAAUUACAGAUACAAUUGGGAAUUCACUCCAGAAGUCAAAGAACACGUUGUAUCAUCCAACGUGAAGCAUAACGUGAAAUCAAUUGGAGGGUGAAAAGUUUCAUCAAACUGUCGUAUUCAGUUUCAUGGAACAAGAGGAAAGAAAAACUGAACCAAAACUCAAGAAUAAAGUUAUGAUGAUAACAUGGAUUAUUUAAGUUGCCAAAUGAUUGAAAACACUAUGUAGUCGAUCUAUUACACUCUGUAAUCUUCGUUUAAUUCAAAGGAUACAAUUCGACAUGUAUGCGUACGUAAGAAUAAAUGCAUUAAAUAUUGUAUACUGAAAUAAUAUGAAUAAUGUUAAUGGAGUGACAUGGGGUUGGAAAUAUUUCACGGGGAAAAUUGUGCGCUUGCGCUUGGAAAAUUUUCGUAUUGGUGGGUGUUAAGCUUCGCAGCACCAACACAGAGAUGUUAGAUUACGAAAGUCCACCAUCCUUCCAGUAUUCAUGCAGUAUACCGGUGCGUGCCGUCCCAGAAUGUCGUUUAUUUAUCGAGACAAAUAUUAUCACGAGACUUGAAAAUCUCGAUUGAAACGAGUAAUAAAUCAAACCGUUAACCGAUUAAAUUUCAAAAAUCAUAAAUUACCACUAAUCCACGUCCAUUCCCGAUUAUUAUUCUUCGGAAUGAUCCGAAAACUCAUUGAAAAGUAAAACCCCUAAUCAGUCAUUGGCCCAACGAUUAAAAAAUUUACCUUAAAAAUCUAAAUCAUCUGAAGCACUCACUUGAAGAAUGAAAAUCCAAUAAAAAUUCGCCGCGAAAUCGGAAUAGUCGGACGUUUCCCUUCAGCAAAAGAAAAAUCGUUAAAAAGUCCAUUAAUUCCAUAACCGAGUGAGUGACACCGAGAAAAGAAUAAAAUUCCCAAUGAGAAGAUGCAAUUCCACAACUGCAUUGACAGCUUAACAGUCCGUGACAUAGAUAUUGGUGCGUGGAAGACCUGAAUAAAUAAACAAUAAACUUGGUGCAAGUGUUUCAACUCCUGUAAUAAAGAGUCAAGUAAGUCAUUAAAUUUCCCCCUCGACCCCCAACCCCCUGUCACCCCAUCAAAUGCGCAAAAUCAUGAUAACAAAAUGCUAAUCGGUUUUAGCGAUUAAAAAAAAUACGAUACAUGGCAAAACGUGUUUCUUAAUUACCUCUAAUUUUCUCAAUUAAUUGAUCGAUGAAUUUACAGUGUAAAAAAAUUAAACCCACGCGCACGUCGUAGUACUAGACGCGAUUGUGGUUCAGUAAUUUCACUACACAUACAUCGAAUUUCUCUGUACAUCGUAAACACCUUCUGAGCCUUCUGAGUUCUACGUCGAAAUCGAAAAAUCUUAUUAAUAGAAUCUCGAGUUUUCCCGUCGUGCAGUUAACGCUCGAGAAUUUAUGAAGAAAAAAAAAUCAUUAAGACUGGAAUAAUGACAAGAUGUUGAUAUUGUUUAUAGAGAUGAUUGCAUACGGUAUGAAGACGGCAUCUUCACUUGUUAAAGGGCAUGUCAAAGUGAAUGUAAAUAGUGAAGAGGGCAGGGGAGUGGAGUAGGCGAAGGGUUGGGCUGAAGGGAGUUGUGGAUUGGCAGAAGGCGAUAGUCCCGGUAAAGCGUUCAAUCGAUACAGCUUCUCGUUCCAGUGCCCGCCACCCGCGUUUAUACCACCCUACCACCCUGGCCGGACGACACGGCUCUACCUUAAGUCCCUGGUGUGUCUCACCCCUUUUCCGGCGAGCACGAUAUGAAGAAAGGAAAAUAAAUUGGGGGAAUCGAUGAAGAAAUCAUCGUUUGGGAUUUUUCGAUUUUUUUAUUAAAUGAUUUGCCCCUCGUCAUCAGUUAUGUCAAUGGUGGGGAGCAUUCAAUUACUUGGAUUGAUACUUAACAGGCGGUCACAGCAACAGUUGAUACGAAGGCGAUUAUCGUCUUGUCUGGGGCAUUUGUUGACAGGAUGAUCAAUAUAACGAGUUUAACGACAACACUUCCAUCAACAUCAACUCCAUCGACAACUCUGGGCGAUGCAGCGGCGGCUGCGGCGGUUGCCGCAUCGAUGACCGCCACCAGUGAUCGAGAGGGACUCGGUAUAACCAGUACACUCGGCGGUAUGAUUGGCAUGGAGAUGGAAAUUGCCAUGUACAGAAGUGAAUCAGUUGGAUUGAGUGAUGAUUCCGACGUUUCACCUGUCACACUGUCCGCCGAUUGGUCCAGAGUUGCUAAGCUCUUGCUGCUUGCUUCGUUGGCUGUUAUCGGAAGUGUCGGCAACGUAUUCAUGAUAUCGGCGGUGAUGGUGGAGGAUCACUUGAAAAAACGAGGAAAUGCAUUUCUAGUUAACGUUGCCUUGGCAGAUCUUCUGAUAACUGGUUUAGUGAUUCCAGCAUCGGCAAUAGUGAUUCUAGCUGGUCACGAGGAAUCAAUAAGCAUCUGUCGAUUUGAGUGGACGCUGGAGGCACUCUGUUUCCUGGUGACAUCAUUGACUCUGGCGACAAUUGCCGCGGAAAAUUAUGCUCGACUCUGUCUCCCUGCUGAAAGGUAUGCAAUCCUCACACCAAGUAGAAUAACCGGAAUAACGUUCUCCGUGUGGGUGAUAGCAGGCGUAGCAGUGGGGAUUCAAUCUUCCCUGAAACUAGGUCCAGACUUCUGCGGUCGUCGUUUCAAUGGAGUCGCCAUGGAACAAGUAAUAGGUGCGUGUAUUCUAGUGCUGUUACCAGCUCUGAUAACGAUAGUCCUUUACCUGCGAUUGAUCCUACGUGUACGACGUGCCAUAAGGAGUUCCUUCAAGCCCCCAGCUGCCUUCUCCUGGGACUACGACCUCACCAAGACAAAUAUGUGCAGUUUCGCCCUUUUCGCUGUGUUCUGGUUACCAUUUGGUAGUACAGCAUGCAUCAGUAAUUUCCGACGCGUCAACUCCGGAAUAUUUUAUAAUUUAGCCUGGUUUGCGCUGUCAAAAUCUUGCGUUAACAGUCUCCUGUAUUGUGUACUCGAUCGACAUUUUAGAAAUGCUUAUGUCAAAUUAUUUCACUACUGCUGUUGCAAAACAACUGUGAGCUUUUCCAGAAGACAGAGAGGCGAUGGUACCAGAUCCUCGGGAGAUGUCAGACUCAGAGUUCAUAUUAUUCAUUCCUACGCAAGUCCUGCAGCAUGCAGACCCAAUGUCACCAGACCCUAUGGCAAAGAUGUCUAUGAACUCUAA